UUUCAGUUCACUCGGUCGUCAGUAGUUUCAGUAAAAAGCGUGAUAAUAAAUGAGCUUUCUUUUAUUAUAUUAUUAUAAAUAAUUAGCUAUGGGAAAAAAGAAGUCAAAAAAACGUCGACGAUCCUCGUCGUCCAGUUCUAGUUCGAGCAGUUCGGAUUCCUCACAAGAGAAAAAGAAACUUCGCAAGUUAAAGAAAAAAUUGAAGAAAGAGCAAAAGAAGACAGAGAAAAUUCUUAAAAAGAAGUUAAAGGAGGAAAAGAAAAAGUUGAAGAAGAAACAGCGCAGCAAGAGCCGGAGCCGCGAAACGUCGACCAGUAAGCAAGAUGCGGCCGCUGAUAUACCCAUAGAGUUAAUGGAGAAGUCUAGAGCAAUGGCACCAAUGACAAAAGAGGAAUGGGAACAGAAGCAAAGUGUUGUGCGCCGGGUGCUGGAUGAGGAGUCUGGCCGAUACAGGUUAAUAAAAGGUGAUGGUGAGGUGUUAGAGGAGAUUGUCUCCCGAGACCGCCACCGGCAGAUCAACCGGCAGGCCACACAGGCUGAUGGUGCUUACUUCCAAGCAAACACUGUUGACAGGAAGAUUUAGCCAUAUUUAUACCUUUUCUUUUUUUCAGUAACUUUGUCCACCUACGGGAGUGUUUUUGUGAUAAACUAUGUUUAGUUUUUUUUUUGUAGUAUCACCAAUAUCACCAUAGUUGUGCUAGUUAGAAAAAGAGAAGCAGCAGUUUUAGCCACGACUAAUUUUAUGGUCAGAUAUUUUAUUAUUAUACAUAUUUGGGGUUGUUCUUAACACAUUCAACACCAAGAACCCGACUGUCGGGUACACUGUUCGUAGCGACUACGCGCUACAUACGGCGAACCCGUGGCUACGCGCUACGAGCGUAAUCCGUAGCACUUAGUGGUAAUGAAUGUGUUAAUAAGAACCUUAUACCAUAUAGAAUUAGUUGGGCAUGGAGAAGCAAAGAGCAACCAACGAAAUCGGGGUUUAUUCUUCAGCUUCUACAAUAGAUAGGUAACAUAAGGAAAGGUCACUCUUGGCUAUUGAAUCUAUAUAUUAUACAAUAUACUAUUCUGCUGCACUGCAGUGAAAUGCAGUAUUAACCGCAACUUAUUAAGUAUAGCAGGUGCAGGUAUUUCGUAAUGCGAAGUUACCUUUUCCUAUACUCCUAACAAAUGUUGUAAUAAUCACAAAAUCAUUCCAUAAGCACUCUUCUAUCUUCUAACAUUAAAUAAAUAAAUAUUAA